UCUUACUGGAAAUUCAUUCAUUCGUUGCUGCCGUUCGUAAUGAAACAGCGUCUUUAUUUUACUUAAUAAUUCACUUAAAUCUGCACUAUUUUGCUUUUUUUUCUCAACAAAUAAACAAUUUUGAAUGUUUUUUUUUUACUUCUUCGACGAAAUUUAAUCAAAAAACAAUAAUAAUAUAAAAACCUCAUCGAAAAAAAUUCCGAAACGAACGAAAUUCAGAUACAUUUUCGGGCUUUUAGUCAAAUCAAAGUGCGGACUUGCGGUCAACUUCAUACCGAUCGGCUGUUGUGGAAAACGAAAAGUCAUUCGGCACGGUAAAUGGAAUUUGUUUGUCAUUGCUUGAUCGCUCAUUCAGUCGCGAAAAAAAGAAGUAUUUUUCCAAUCAGUUUUUUAUUAGUUUUAUAAAUUCGGUAGCGAACGGUGAUCUAUUUUCUAGCAUAAAAAUGGCUUUAGCUGAUAUUUGUGGUUUUGAUAACUUUAUGAAGCCAAAUGGCACGACAGCAAGUGCAUUGCACGAUGACAUGAUGCUGAAUCAAUGUACGAACAUGGACAACAACUAUCAAUUGGCCAUGCCACCAUUCGAAAACCCGAUGGAAAAUUUGAAUAAGUUGCAAGAGAUGGGUGCUGCUGAUGGAGUUCAAAUUCAAUUUGAUCACGGUACGACGACGCUCGGCUUCUGUUUCCAAGGUGGUGUCAUUUUGGCGGUCGAUUCACGUGCCACUGGUGGCCAAUUCAUUGGUUCACAAACGAUGAAGAAGGUAGUCGAAAUCAACAAUUACUUGCUGGGCACAUUAGCUGGUGGUGCCGCCGAUUGUGUGUACUGGGAUCGUGUAUUGGCCAAAGAGUGCCGUUUGUACGAAUUACGGAACAAAGAACGCAUCUCAGUGGCAGCGGCCAGCAAAAUUAUCGCAAAUAUUUCACACGAAUACAAAGGAAUGGGCCUUAGCAUGGGUAUGAUGUUGGCUGGCUACGACAAACGUGGACCACAGCUGUACUACGUCGAUUCAGAUGCAGCUCGUAUCACCGGCAAACUAUUCUCCGUUGGAUCUGGUUCCGUUUAUGCUUAUGGUGUCUUGGACUCGGGCUAUCGCUGGGAUUUGACCGACGAAGAAGCUCAAGAGCUUGGUCGGCGUUCAAUCUACCAUGCCACACAUCGUGAUGCCUACUCUGGUGGUAUUAUUCGUGUGUAUCACAUCAAACCAACUGGAUGGGUGAAUAUCUCGAACGAGGACUGUAUGGAUUUGCAUUACAAAUACCAAGAAGAAAAAGCAGCGCGUUUGGCUUAAGCCAUUGGAUCAAUGUGCAUCAUUUUCCUCAUUUGAAUAAUAUUUUUUUUUUUUCUUAAAAUCAAUAAAAAGUGAAAUUACAAUU